AUGAACUAUGACUGGAUCCUCGAUGGAGGAUAUCUCCCAAAUGCUGUAAUCCGGCUCGGUAUUCGUCGCCAAUUGCGUGAGCGAAUUGAGUUAAUCAAGAGUACUUCAUUGGAAGAGGCCUACGAGCGUAAAAUGAACUAUGUAGAGCUUCUUCGAAGUCGUCCUAUUGCUAUUGAGACGGCUGCUGCCAAUGAACAGCAUUAUGAGGUUGGAACUGGUGUUCUUGCUGCUUGUUUGGGGCCGAGAAUGAAGUAUAGUUGUUGUCUGUAUCCUAAGGGAAGUGAAACAUUGGGUCAGGCGGAAGUGGAAAUGUUGGGAACUUAUGUGAAGAAGGCUGGAUUAAAAGAUGGGAUGAGCAUCUUGGAUCUUGGGUGUGGUUGGGGCUCAGGAGCAUUGUACUUUGCGGAAGUUCUCCCAAAUUCUAAGAUCACAGCGUUCUCGAACUCAAGAACCCAGAAGCUAUACAUUGACGAGAAAGCCAAGGAAAAAGGGCUCAAGAAUUUGACAGUCAUCACUGGUAAUGUCGUCGAUUAUGAGUUUGAAAAAGAGAGUUUCGAUCGAGUUGUAUCCAUUGAGCUCUUUGAGCAUAUGAAGAACUAUGAACUACUAAUGUCAAAAGUUGGAAGAGCCUUGAAGCCAGGGGGAAAACUAUUUGUUCAUAUUUUUGCUCACAAGACUACACCUUACGACUUUGAGGAGGGAUGGAUGAGCACACACUUUUUCUCUGGAGGUACCAUGCCCUCAGCGGAUUUGUUGUUGUUUUUCCAGAAGGACCUCAAACUCGAGAGGCAAUGGUGGGUGAAUGGCCAGCAUUACGCAAAGACUUGCGAAGAUUGGCUAUCGAAGAUGGUAGCUAGCAAGCAGGAGAUUUGGCCUCACCUAACAGAAACAUACGGCGAGAAGGAUACCGCAAUGUGGUACUACCGCUGGCAAAUCUUCUACCUGGCAUGCGCCGAAUUGUUUGCUUAUGAAGGCGGAGAUACAUGGGGUGUAUCCCACUAUUUGUUUGAGAAGCCCAGCUCUGCCUAA